AUGAAGUACGCAAUGAAAUUUGAGAGCUUACUCUCAGAUGUCAAUGGGUUCGGAAGAUUUCAGGUAAUGAUUAUUGUAAUCAAUUUCAUUGGCCGAUUCACACUACCAUGCCACUUCAUGCUAAACAACUUCAUAGCUGUUGUUCCUUCUCAUCAUUGUGCCUUGAACGAUGAGGACAUCUUUGGGAAUUUAACUCUGGAGCAAAGACUUGCCGUCAGUAUCCCGCUGGAGGAAGAUGGGACUCUGAGCUCCUGCCAAAUUUUUGCAGAGCCUCAGUAUCAUCUGCUCAUCAACUCAUCCAAUAUCACCAAUCCACCUACGGUGUCAUGCCAAAAUGGAUGGGUGUAUGACUACACCACUUUCAAGUCUACUCUGGCCACGCAGUGGGACCUGGUAUGUGAUAGAAGAGGGGAAAACAAAGCAACGGCCACCAUAUUCUUCGUUGGCGUGAUGUUUGGAGCCAUUUUCUUUGGAAGUCUAAGCGACAGGUUUGGCCGAAGGAUCAUGCUGCUGGUGUCAUAUAUAUCUGGAUUGGUGUUUGGUGUUGCCAGUGCCUUGUCUACAUCCUUCACGAUGUUUAUGGUGCUGCGGUUUCUCACUGGGUUUAGCAUCACGGGCAUCGUCAUUGUCUCAACAGUCCUCAAUGUGGAGUGGGUGGACAUUGAGCAUCGGAAGCUGGUGGGAGUGAUUGACAGCUUGUCUUGGACAUUUGGGUCAACAGUCUUGCCAUCUAUUGCUUACUUUGUGACCGACUGGCGUUGGUUAACUAUUAGUAUCACCUCACCCCUUGCCUUGGCCAUCAUCACCUGGAGGUGGGUGCCAGAGUCAGCCAGGUGGCUCAUUGCCAACAGAAAGCUGGACCAAGCUCAGAUUUAUUUGCAAAAAUGUGCCAAGAUGAACCAAAGAGAGGACUGUGCGCAUGCAUUGAAAAUAGAGACAUUAUCCAGUGUUAUUUUGUCGGAGAGUAAAAACAGGGUCUACUCCUACCCAGACCUGGUUCGGACACCCAAGAUAAGGAAACUGGCCUUACGAACUGGCUUAUUGUGGUUUUGUGUGGCCUCUGCGUUCUAUGGCAUCAGCUUUAACAUCACAGGCUUUGGCCUCAAUAUCUAUCUAACUCAAUUUACAUAUGGCUUCAUUGAGAUACCAUCUAAAGUUACUGUUUACUACUUGCUGGAUAAGAUAGGCAGGAGGUCCACUGAAGUGGGAGCACUGCUGUUGGUCGGGCUGUGCCUCGCAAUCAACAUUUUAAUACCUAAAGACAUGUCCGUGAUCAGAACAGUGGUAGCAGUCGUCGGAAAAGGAUUUUCAGCCGCGUCCUUUGCAACUGUCGUACUGUAUAGCUCUGAGCUAUAUCCUACCGUAGUAAGGCAAAAUGCUAUGGGCUACAACUCCUUCAUGGCUCGUAUCGGGGUGGCUGUGGCUCCACUGAUACUCUUGCUUGAUGAAGUCUGGCUGAACCUGCCCCAGGUCAUCAUAUGCUCUCUGGCUGUGCUGGGGGGAAUAGUGGCAAGGACGUUACCAGAAACACGCAACAGGUGCUUGCCGGAAACCAUAGAAGACAUCGAACAGCAGGGGUAA